CCAUUGGGAACUUUAUGAAUUCUUCAAGCCUUGUGCAUUGUUUAGCACAGAACCAUCAUUCACAUAUGGUUAAAAAUCCCUACUUGCAUGGGGUGUUGCUUUGUUCCUUGAGAAAUCUGUUCUGUAUACUGUGGAAAUGUAUCAGAAGAGAAACUGAUAGGAUUCCAGUGCUGUAGGGUCUGCUCAAUACAGAGCAAUUACAGGGGCUGUGCUCUCUUUAUCUUGUGCAUCCAGAGGUUGUAACUACUUAUUGGAUUGCUUUCUUUGUGGCAUUAGCGCCAAGUAAAUCAAUGCUAUUUCCUUCAUGAUUCUGUGGAUUUUGCUGGUAUUUGUUGAGUAGGAUUAUUCUGUGGUUAUGUGUUUGAAAGGCUUUUCUGGGAGUUACUGGAUAUUCUGGGUUAGCUUGUGGGUUUCUGUGGUCAAUGAGAUAGUUUGUUCUUCUGAAGUAUUGUAAGGUUUUUCAUUAACUUUGCUAUGAAUUGGAUUAAGCCCUUCAAGUCUUUUUUUGUUUGUUUGUUUACACUAGUGUGUGUUCUUAAAAUUUGUCCAUGUCAUAAAGGAGCUGCAGCUAUUCUUGCAUAAACUGCUUGCUUUGGGGAUAGAAUGCACCCUCAGAACAGAGGUAUGAGGGAAUAUAACUUCAGAAGUGCCCUGUCUCUGUGACAGGCUCUGGGUUAGGGAAUGCAGUGCCCAAACUUCCCCUUCCCUAUAUAGAAGGGAAUGUGCAGAUAGAAUUAUAAUGUUGAUGAAUUCAGCACACGGAUAUCUGAUUUCUUGGCAGAUUUGAUCCCAGGCAUAGCUGGCCUGCAGCCUACGCUGAGGAAAAGGCGGUCAAAAUGACCACACUCAGGCAACAUGGAUGCUAGCUGUGUAACAUGAACCCCUAACCUACAGGCAGAUUUACCAGCUCUGAAUAAUCUCUGUUGUACUGUGAGAUCUUAUCUUCCUAAUGGCCUGCAAGAAGAACAUGAGUGAAAACCUGAAGGACUGUUUGAUCCAGACCCACACUUCGUUAGGGGAGAUGGUGACAAUAAAGACUGAGGCCUGCUCUCCGUGCCGGGACCAGGAGUAUGGGCAACCUUGCUCUGGGAGGGCUGACUCUCAAUCCAUGGAAGUGGAGCCUAAGAAACUGAAAGGGAAACGGGAUUUGAUCAUGACCAAGAGCUUUCAGCAAGUGGAUUUCUGGUUUUGUGAGUCCUGCCAGGAGUAUUUUGUGGAUGAAUGCCCAAACCAUGGUCCCCCCGUGUUUGUGUCUGACACUCCGGUACCUGUUGGUAUCCCUGACCGGGCCGCACUGACCAUUCCGCCUGGCAUGGAGGUGGUGAAAGAACCCAGCGGGGAGAAUGACGUACGCUGUGUGAACGAGGUUAUCCCCAAAGGUCAUGUCUUUGGGCCGUAUGAGGGGCAGAUCUCCAGCCAGGACAAGUCAGCAGGAUUCUUCUCUUGGCUGAUUGUUGAUAAGAAUAACCGCUACAAAUCUAUAGAUGGGACAGAUGAAACCAAAGCAAAUUGGAUGAGGUAUGUGGUCAUAUCCCGAGAGGAGAGGGAGCAGAAUCUGAUGGCCUUUCAGCAUAGUGAGAGGAUUUACUUCCGAGCCUGUCGGGACAUCCGGCCUGGGGAGAGGCUGAGAGUCUGGUACAGUGAGGAUUACAUGAAGCGGUUGCAUAGUAUGUCCCAGGAGACCAUCAACAGAAACCUUACAAGAGGAGAUAAAAAAUUACAGAGGGAAAAGUCAGAAAAAAAUGUGGAAAAUCAAGAGGAUAUGAGAGGCCCCCUCCAGCUCACCACGUUAAAGCAAGGGAAGAGCCCCUACAAGCGCAGCUGUGAUGAGGGGGAGUCCCACACCCAGAUGAAGAAAAAGAAGAUAGAUCUCAUCUUCAAAGAUGUCCUGGAGGCUUCCCUAGAGUCAGCAAAGCGGCAAGAGCACCAGCUAACAACAAGCACACCCCUUUCCAUUAGAAAGGCAUCCAAAUACCAGGCCGAAGACAUCUUUGAAAGGUGUGGAGCUGCCAUUCGGCAUAGCUCCCCAAACUUCAGCAGAAACCAAAAUGAAGGUGAAUGGAAGGUUCCCCAUGGUUCCUCUUACAGUGCAGCCAAAGAGAUGGGCCUCCUGGAAGAUGAAGAUGAAGAGCCUCUGUCACUCAAGGCAGACAGCCCAACUGAGCUAUCGCUAGCAUCGACUCAAGGCAAUUCACAUGAAAUCCCCACAACUUCCUUCUGUCCCAAUUGCAUACGAUUGAAGAAGAAGAUCCGUGAGCUGCAGGCUGAGCUAGACAUGUUGAGAUCUAGCAAGUUCCCUGAGCCACCUCUUGUACCACCUCAGGUACCUGAGCUCCAAGAGUUGUCUGACCCCACAGCUUCUGAAAGCAUCAUCUCUGUUCCCACAAUCAUGGAGGAUGAUGACCAGGAGGUGGACUCUGCUGAUGAAUCAGUUUCCAAUGACAUGAUAGCUGCAACAGAUGAGCCUUCAAAGAUGUCUUCUGCAACUGGCAGGAGGAUUCGACGCUUCAAGCAAGAGUGGCUUAAAAAGUUUUGGUUUCUGCGAUACUCCCCUACAUUGAAUGAAAUGUGGUGCCACGUCUGCAGGCAGUACACGGUGCAAUCCUCUCGGACUUCAGCCUUCAUCAUUGGCUCUAAGCAGUUCAAGAUACACACUAUAAAGCUUCACAGCCAGAGCAACCUCCACAAGAAGUGCCUGCAGCUCUACAAGCUCAGGAUGCAUCCAGAGAAGACAGAAGAGAUGUGCCGAAAUAUGACCCUGCUCUUCAACACAGCCUAUCACUUGGCUCUGGAAGGCAGGCCCUACUUUGACUUUAGGCCUCUUGCAGAACUACUGAGAAAGUGUGAACUCAAAGUGGUGGAUCAGUACAUGAACGAGGGAGACUGCCAAAUCUUAAUCCAUCAUAUUGCCCGGGCUCUGCGAGAGGAUCUGGUAGAACGUAUCAGGCAGUCGCCCUUUCUCAGCAUCAUUCUGGAUGGGCAGAGUGACGACUUGCUUGCUGACACAGUAGCAGUUUACGUUCAGUACACGAGCAGCGAUGGACCUCCAGCAACUGAAUUCCUGUCUCUUCAAGAGCUGGGCUUUUGUACAACAGAUAGUUACCUCCAAGCAUUAGACAGGGCUUUUUCCAGUUUGGGAAUAAGAUUGCAGGAUGAGAAACCAACUAUCGGUUUGGGAGUAGAUGGUGCUAACGUUACUGCUAGCCUGAGAGCCAACUUGUUCAUGACCAUCAGAAAGACUCUGCCUUGGUUGCUUUGCUUGCCCUUUAUGGUACACAGGCCCCACUUGGAAAUUUUGGAUGCCAUCAGUGGGAAAGAGCUUCCAUGUCUGGAGGAGCUAGAAAACAAUUUGAAGCAAUUGCUUAGCUUUUAUCGUUACUCUCCCAGACUGAUGUGUGAGCUGAGAGUCACUGCUGCCACUCUUUGUGAAGAGACAGAGUUCUUGGGAGACAUCCGAGCGGUGAAGUGGAUCAUAGGGGAGCAGAAUGUCCUCAAUGCGCUGAUCAAGGAUUACCUUGAAGUCGUGGCCCAUCUCAAAGAUGUCAGUGGUCAGACACAACGGGCGGAUGCUUCGGCCAUUGCCUUGGCUCUCUUGCAGUUCCUUAUGGACUACCAGUCAAUUAAACUGAUCUACUUCUUGCUGGAUGUGAUUGCUGUGCUUUCGCGCCUCGCGUACAUCUUCCAAGGUGAAUACCUCCUUGUGUCACAAGUGGAUGACAAAAUAGAGGAGGCUAUCCAGGAGAUCAGUAGGCUGGCAGACUCGCCUGGAGAGUACUUGCAGGAAUUUGAAGAGAACUUCCGUGAAAGCUUUAACGGCGUUGCUGUGAAAAACCUGAGGGUGGCUGAAGCCAAAUUCCAGUCAAUCAGAGAAAAGAUCUGCCAAAAGACCCAGGUAAUCCUGGCCCAAAGGUUCGAUUCCCGUAGCCGAACAUUUGUGAAAGCGUGUCAGGUGUUUGAUCUUGCAACUUGGCCCAGAAACACAGAGGAGCUCAUGAACUAUGGAAAGGAGGAUAUGGUACAAAUAUUUGAGCACCUGGAAGCUGUUCCGUCAUUUUCAAGAGAAGUUUGCAGAGAGGGGAUGGACACCAGAGGGAGUUUGCUGAUGGAAUGGAGAGAACUCAAGGUGGAUUAUUAUACCAAAAAUGGUUUUAAAGACUUAAUCAGUCACAUUUGUAAAUACAAACAGAGAUUCCCACUCUUAAAUAAAAUAGUUCAGAUCCUCAAAGUCCUUCCCACCUCAACAGCCUGCUGCGAGAAGGGGCGCAACGCCUUGCAGAGAGUGCGCAAAAACAACCGCUCUCGUCUCACUCUGGAACAGCUCAGUGAUCUUUUGACAAUUGCCGUUAAUGGGCCACCCAUUGCCAACUUCGAUGCCAAGCGAGCACUAGAUAGUUGGUUUGAGGAGAAGUCAGGCAAUAGUUAUGCACUGUCAGCAGAAAUGCUGAGCAGGAUGUCCUCCCUUGAUCAGAAGCCAAUGCUGCAGAGCAUGGACCACGGCUCUGAAUUUUACUCUGAUAUUUAGGAAGGAAUGCCUCAAAUUCUGAAAGCUGUUGAAUAAUUUUUUUAGUCUAUACUCUAAACUUUGAUAUAUUAUAUAAAAUAUAUAUAUAAAAAACUCACACUGAAAAUGAAAAGUUAAGGCGAUGUGCGUCUGAUAGAAGCUAAGUGGAAUUUUAAGAAAGAGACAAUAUUUGAAAUUUACUGAUGUCUCCAAACAUGGCAGCUGCAGCGUAGGUGGCAACAUUUCAUUUGUCAAAAGCAUGUGUUGGGGGCCAUACUCUACAUGCUUAAACCUAACAAUCAAGCUAUAAGCUAGAUGACGGGUCUCUGUCAACCUCCUCCUCACAGUUGUUUUCCUUGUGUGUUUAUGUGCGUGUGAGGUGGCAGGGGGAGAGGGGGGAGGAGGGGUACCCCCACCUUCUUUUCAUUGUUUAGUCUAGUUAUUGAGCCAUUUGAGCCAUUCACUGAUGGCUGUCUGAUUUCCAACAGAGCGACUUGUGCAUGUGUGUUGGGAUCCCUCCCCUGCUCCCCAACUUCACCUUGUUUUAUUGUUUAGAAGUGGAAGCUUUAUUCACUUUUGCAGGGUAUUGGAUUUUUUUCCCCCUAUUUUAAGAACAAAUGUAUCAGCUAAACUGUGAUGCCUGUUUCUCAGUCCUCCCCACUGGUGGGCUGUAGAGUAAGGCAAAGCUUUCAGGUCCCCUUGUGAUAACCCCAUUACUGGUCAGACAUAUUAUAACAAUAUCAUGUGCAGACUGUAAGAUAGCAUAAUGGAGAAGGCAUGGGGAGUUUUUUGCAUUUAUAUUUUUACAUUGUAGGAGAUUAAAAAGAAGUAUACAACUGUUCAUUCAGAACCAGGGCUGCUGUGGAAGUGAGACAGCCAAUGAGUCAAGACCCGUCAGAGGGUGGAGAUUUCAGGGCUUAAAAAUUAUAUUCUGAUUUACGUUAUUUAUACUCUGUCUUUAUAAUCAUAGAUUGUUGUGGUUUUGGUUUUAUUUUCUUGAAUGAGUGAAAAAACACCUGCGCUAAUUCUGUGGCAGGGAAUAUCAAUGCAAGAUCUAUCUUGGGUUAUAAUGGUGUGAUGAUGUCUUUUUAAAGGUUCAUGUAUUCUCUUGUGACCAAGGUGACAUGUUUCACAGCAUGGCAGAAUGAGGACAAAAGGAAGAAGAAUGCUGUACUUCUUCCUGUGAAAUAGUUUGUCCUUCCUUGAAAGGACGCAAAGUCCAGCAGAAAUGUGGAAGUAGCACUUUCACCUUGAAUCGCAAAUGAGUUGUUGUUGUUGUUGUUGUUGUUUUAACAGAAUCACAUGUUCACACAAUUAUUGCUUCAGGUUAGAAAAGAAAAAAAAAAGGUGCAAAAACUCCCCAGAUGCUAGUGCCUUGCCUUGCUGAUGUGAUAUGGGCAGCACCAAUCUGACCAGAGCAUCACGGGAGUUGAGACCGUGUUGUCCAGAAGAAUCAGGCUGGCAUGUUCCCAAUUCCCAGAGGGAAACGUCUUGUGCCAACCUGUGUUGUUUGGAAACAUGAUGGUGGUGUCAGCAACACUGAACCUUUCCUUUCUACCGCUACCCUCCGCCCUUGGUCUUGGUGCUAAGAUAUCUCUAGAACUGUUGCUGCUAGUUGAUAGUUUUUCAUUUAUAUAAAUAUAUAUAUAUAUAUAUAUAUAUAUAUAUAUAUAUAUAUAUAAUUAUUUUUAUUUUUAAACUUUUUUUGUUUUUAAUGGUGAUGUAGCAUGUUUUAAAUCAAUCUCUCUUGGAGUCACUUCUACUGCCAAGGUUCACUCACUGUCUUCCCCAACAAACACACACCACUGCCUGAAUCCCGCCACACCGUUCAAACUAAUCUAUGCUGAACAGCAGCACACUAGUCAGGUGGAGACAUGUGGCUGAGCCGCCACAUUCUGACUCAGCUCCUAAGCCCAAGGGAAACGGCAGAACUUGUAUGUCUGAUGGGUUUAAAAGUCAUCCCGUCUAUCCAUACAUUAUCCCUUAUGGGGUGCGUUGAGAAGUGGAGUUGGAUACUGUUUGAAGCAUUAAUUGUGAUGUCUUAUGUUCCUUACCCUAAUCCUGCCAUACAUAUUAUAUAGCAAGGAUGUUUAGCUGGUCACUUUUGAAAGGGUUAAAAUAGACCAAGGAAUUCUGAAUUCAAAUAGUGAUAUGUGGGAGGAAAGCAAUACAGUUUGCAGCACUUAACUCUUUCCUUUCUGCCCCUGCCAUUCCCCAUACAGUAUAUGGAAUGAGUGUGCUAGUGCAGAUAUGCCAGAGUGAGCUUGAUAGGUAAUGUCUAGUGUACAUCAAAAUCACCAUUAAGAAUCAGGAACUGGAAUGUUUCCCCCUGGAAUCCCCUUAGAAAUCAACAAGUGAGUCAGGUCAUGACACUGUUCCAUAUCAGCACAGGGGAAGGCAAUGUAAUACCUGGCAAAUGAAUAAUGGUAAUAAACUGCUGAGGUACCUUUCACUUCCAACAAAGCCUUGCAUCAGGAUGACUCAUCCUCCCAAAUGAGGAGAGCUCUAGACCAGAGGCCCAAUGGAAUUGUGCAGACUCAAAUAGCUCAUUGCUUAGCCAUAAGAGGGGAAGCGCUUAAUAGAGAUCCAAGGUGUUCACAGCCCCUACUGGCCUGGGAAGUAAAAAACUGCUCAUUGCACUGUCAUAAUACUAUCAGAUCAAUUUCCUUUUGGGGACUGUUCUGCCACUUUUUUAAAUUAAAAUGUGAGAAGAUAAAAAUUGAAAUCCCCAAAAGAACCACUGUGCCACUCCUGAACUCUGAGCUGUAGCCAGAUAAUGUGAACUGGGAUGCUGCAGGGAAUUUCUCUUUCUUAUGACACACAGAUAUCCCGGAAAUCUGCAGCAAAGUGAAUGGUAACAGUAGAAAAAGUGUGUGAUAUAGACAGCUCUGAGUGUGAGGGAGACUUUAAAGACAGCUUUCCCUCUCCCCUUUUUGUGCUCAGCACAAGAACUUGGAAGAUCCCUCCUCACCAUGAAAAAUCUGUGUAUUCUAUUUGCAAUAGAAUACGUCAUUUGGCACAUUGCUCUUUUUCAAACCGGAGCUGCAAACUCUGUGGCUGUCUUUCUGGAAAGGUCCAUCCCCAAAACAGUUUUUAAAUAGUAGAGCUCACCUGUUCCCUGUUCAAACCAGUGUUAAAGCACAAAAAAGCCCGUUUACAACCUCGACACUGAGUGUCCUUAUUUUCUAAUGUUGCAAAAAGGCAGUAAGGUGGGUAUCACCAGAGACUGGCUCAAAAGUGACUCUUUUGACCGUCACAUUUUUGUUUUCAAAUACAAUUCAUCAUUGGUGACAUUUCUCAUAACAAAUUCUCAACAGUAGAUUGAAAUGUGUACAGGGGUUGCUUUCUCUCCAUUCUGUGUGCAAAGCAGCGAAGGCUUCUCUUGCAAAAAAAAAAAAAAUGCUCCACUUGUGUGUCAGUGAUGUGAGUGACUCCCAGUAGCUGGAUCUGCUGUUUCUGUCAACUGGAAAGGCAAGAGAUGCCUAGUAUUUAGCUGUGAAAAGCAAAAAGUGUUCAGUCCAAUAACUAGCUGAACCACACUUAUGGAGAUUUAUUUCAUUAUAAUCUUUUUAACUGUUGAUUGGACAGUUUCUCUCACAGGCAAAAGAGGCUGAAGUGUGCUGGGUUGUAGUGAUGACUGAGGGACAGCAGAGGGUGCCAGUUCACAACAUUGGUUGAGUUCCACUGUAACUGUAGCAGCAUCACAUGGUGUACCACAGUUCAGAAAUCUGAUGGGGUGGAUGUAGACAUCUUGGAAAAAUUCCUCCUGAGGUGGGGAGAAGAAUGGGAUCCGGUUUAAAUUAUUCCCUUCUUGCUCCAUUUUAACCAAGAGAAGAUUGUUUUGAAUGUGUUGCUCAUGGUAUCUUGAAUGUCUUCAAGAGCAAAGAAAAAAUGGGUUUGUUAUUCCUUGACUGAGCUUUGCCUUUUUUCUUUUCCAUCUUCUUUAAGGCAGCUGACCGUGAAUGACAUGCACUUCUCCAGACCCUUGGUUUUGUAGCCCUUGGGUUUUUUGGUUGCCGAAAUCCUACCCUCUUUUUUUCUCAGGCUCCUCUACUACUUUAUCCUGCUUGUUGGCAGAAGUCCACUAAGCACACAGAUGUUUUCUUCUACAGAGCUUGCUAGUGGCUGUAUGAAGUCUAGGCCUCCUGGCCACUAGGCUGAACGCAACAGGGACAAUCCUAAAGGCACAGGAAACCAAAGCUCUUCCUGUACUAGCAAGAGUGCAAGGAUUACAUAUGCAUGCUACAAGGAUCAUGCACCAAAUAUGCAAGAGUGUCCCUAAGAAGGCAUUGACCUGCAAUGUUCUUUGCAUUAACCCUUGAAUUGAUCUCUGUGGUAUGCAAGUGUACUCCUUGCAUGUUUGGUGGUAUGGGUUCUCAGAUGCUGUUCAGGUUCUAAAUACAUUUCUAUCCCAAAUGCAAACUCAGCCAGUUUGCCACUGGGAUUCUUUGAAGUUGCAUAUCUUUCGUAACUUAUAAUAUUGCUCUUUGCUUGGCCAACGGACAGUUUGCUUGGCAAACAUUCAGUAACAUCUGCUUCAACCAGAUUCCUCUCUCAACCCCAUAAAUAGAGGUGGUAAAAGUAAAGAAAUGGUACGUUGAUCCCCCAACCAUUGUACUGUCAAUCCAGUAAUGCCUAUGCAAUUCCUGUCUCCCUUGGAGACAUGUAUAAUGUGUGUGCAUGUAAGCUAGUGUAUGUAUACAGUACUUAUGCAUACAGUCUAUAUAUUGUAUAUACGCACAUCCCAGUACAUUUUCACACAGCGUAAGAUAUAAAAAUCACAUGCCUAUAUAUCUAUAAAUAAAAUCCUAUAUAUUUAUAUAUUUCUAUGUUUUCAAUAGAUAUAAACCUAUAAUAUAGAUGUAGAAUCAAUUGCCCUUGUAUAACCCUGGCCCUGUGUUCUAGUGAGAGGUAUGUAAUACGGAAGACUGAGGACUUCAGUACAGCUUUAAUCUUAUUCUGUGGGGGGUCUACAUUUGUGUGUAUAGGGACUUUGCUGUGGUUAGGACAAGGGGGUUCUUUCCUUGUAUGUUAAAUAAGGUGCUAAGUAAGGCUUGUGGAGCUGUAGUAUUGGGACUUUGUCUUGGUGACAGAGAAAGGUGAACGCCUUUGUCUUCUUUUGGAUAAGCAUACCAUAGCUCCUGUGUACUCACACUUGGGCUGAUACAUAUCUCACCCCUUUAUGCACUUUUCUCUGUCUUCAUGGAGAGGUUAGAUGACCAAGGAUCUGAAUGCAGUGAAGAUGUGGCUUUCUGCUUCACCUGGUUGGCAUUCCCUGGUGGCCACCGACAUGCAGUAAGCUAGUCCAGCACAAUUCAGUGGAAUUUGUUUAUAUGUAGUGUAUGUUGCACACAGCAUCAGCCAAUGUUUUAGAGAUGAGGUUAGAAUAAAACGAGCAAAAGAAAAUGCAGAGUUGGUGCAGUCGCUCUUGUAUAGUCAGAGAUGGGAGGAAUGAUGUAUGGGGCGGGAGUAGAACAAAAGAAAAUGGACCAUGGGUUAAGGAGUGAUAAAGAUGUGUGUGUUCAUACUGAACUGGGAAUCAACCUGCAGCUCCACCAAAUUGAGCCAUUAGGCCACUUCCCUCACAGUGGACCCAAUGAGUGCAACUGCACUGAUGCUUCUCGGUGAGUGCUGUGUUUCACCAAGGGCAGAUAUUUCUCAAUUGUUAACUAGCCUGACUGAUGAUCUAGAUGGCUUUCUUGGUGGAGAAGGGAAUUAUUUGGCCAAGUGAAGGACACUGUAAAUGACACAUGAUGGACACUUAAGCCAACAGACAAGGUGCGUUGACGUUGCUGAGUUGAGCCAUUCAGGGGGCUCAACCCCUCACCCACUCCCUUGAAGAAAAAACAAACAUAAAUAUUUUUCUAUGACUGGUAGUUCCAGCUUGUGGACUUCUUGGUGGAUCCAGGACACAGCUUCCAUGGAUUGACAUUUAUGGAGUGUGUGCUGAUGUCUGCGCCCCUUUCCCUUCUUCCUCUCUCCACGCAAAAUUGCUGCUGUGGACAGAGCUGUGCGUAUUACACUAGCUUGCCACUUUUCAUGUGAGGCAGGGCAGGAUGACUAGAGCAGCUUUCCUCUCAAAGGUAAUGGAUUCAUUGCUGCUCCUCCCCGAGAGACAGAGCUGUUGUAACUUCAAAGGAGGGGAAUGGAGAUUUGGCUUUCCAGCUCCAGAGUCAGCCUAACAACCACUUAACUUCUUAUGUUUGUUUUUAUUUUUCAUUUCUUUUGGGAGGAGGGAGAGUUCAGUGCAUUUUAGCUCUGACCAUUGAGUGACUAGUUACACUGGUAUUGCAUUAGCAGAUGCUGUGCAGACUUCCCUCAUGCAACCUCAACCCCGUGCUAUCCUGGGCCUCUCUCUUCACACAACUCUGCUAAUCCACCUCAGUCACAAACCUGCCUGAGUCUCUCUGAACUAUGACUGCCAGUUGUGCUGAAUGGCACCCAGUAAACACGUACAGCAGAGAGAAUCUAGUACCAGUUCCUCCUGGACCUCAUGGAUGGUUUCCCCACCCCCUGUCUUCUCCUGGAAAUGCCACUGACAUUAAACUCAGUUAGCAAACCAAUCCCCAGUCCACAUGCUGCCAAUGGAGUAUUUCCUGCCUGGCAUUAGAAUCCUUUAUGCACUGCACCUCAUGUACAAAAUGCUCACUGGACUGUGCGGGGGAACCGCGUCCCAUAUGCUGUACUAUAUUGUGAUUGGAGGGCUAUUAGGGUUCCUGUCAUUCAGGCAUCCUCAGAGACUCAUCAACCGUUGUAUACAAUACAUUUUUGUUUUACUUCCUACAGAAAACAAAGUCUCUACCUUCCCCCACCCAAAGCACAGACCUGCUGAACUGUUUGUUUCAACCACACACACACACACACAAUGAGAGAAAAAAUAUCUAGAAGUCUAUUAUUACAUAUGUAUUAAUAUGUUAAUAUCACACUUUCAGAAAAUGUUAAAAUGUUAUUACUUUGCAGACUAUGCUUUAUAGUACCUGUGUGAAAGGACCUAGGACACUGGAUACGAAUAGAGCUAUGUUGAUAUAUCAUAGUAUGUACACGAGAACUUUCCUUUUGUCAUAUUAUCCUUGUAAUGUAAGAUGAUUGUUAAUAAAAAACAUUUAAAUUUA